CUUCACUCCCCUUACAGCACCAUCCCUAUGUUCAGCAGCAGCUCUACUGCCCACCCUCCGUUCACCAGCAUACACCCUACUUCCAUGAGGACUCAAUACACGUCUUUGCCACCAAGCAACUGCAAGAAUGGAAAGUGGAAUGGAAGACAGUGUGAAUGCAAGUCAGGCUACACUGGUCAGCUCUGUGACUCCAUCCUGUAUUCCUUCCCAGUAGAAAUCCCGAAUGUUAUCAACGCUACAGUGACCAUGAUGGUAAAAGUGACUCACCGGAACUUCACAAGUGACUUAAAGAACACAUCCUCUGAGGCCUACAAGAACUUCCAAAACCUCUUCCUGAGCCAGAUGGAUAAAGUUUACGAGGGCGAUGACCUUCCCCAGUACAAAGAAGUGAUCAUUAAAGAACUGCUCAACGGCAGCAUCGUGGUGGAAAGUGAUGUCAUCCUAGAAGCAAACUACACCCCAGAGUAUCAGACACUGUUCAGAAACCUCACAAAGAUUGUGAAGGACAAGAUCACAAAGGAGACCGGAACAUAUGAAACUGACAUGUCCCUUUGUCAAAAGGCAGAAAGAAGUUUGUGUGGUUUUCACUGUGUUUUUCUGUUCCCUUUAUCGUGGGCAGACUCCAAACUGUGCUACAAUGGUAACUUCACCACUGUGGGUGUGGAGACUCUAAAGUUCAGCUUCAACCCUGCCGAUCUUUGCAUCCAGAAGGCUGCCGAGGACUUUGGCAGAUACUUCUACCCGGAGCUUGUGGAGGGAAGGUUGACCUGCGUGAACAAUUGCACUCAGGGGACAAAGUCACAACUCAACUGCAACCUGGGCCAGUGCCAGCUGCUACGCUCAGGGCCCCAUUGUGUGUGCCCGAACACAGACACCCACUGGUACUGGGGGAAGACCUGCACGUCUAGAACCAGCAAGAGACUUGUGUAUGGACUCGUGGGCACCGGGCUGGCAGUGCUGCUGGUCCUAGUGGUCUUGGCUGUCUUCCUUAGUCGAGCCCAGAAAAAACAACACAGGGCAAAAUACGACCCAUCUCAAGCAUGGCGGAGAGAAGCCCUCCCUGGAACCUUCCAGAGCACAGGUGUCUGGGAAGACCGGGAUCUGAAAGAGGACAAAUUUGGCCUGGAGAAAGGGUACAGACACUUCCAGCCAAACCUGCAGCAUGUGGACCCCAAUACUAAGCUCAACUUUCAGAGGCCCAAGGUGGUGAAAUCAGAAGCUCCGUGAGAACAACAGUGUCUACCCAUCAUGCCCCAUCCAGAUUUAGACACAGGUAUUCCUGGCUGGUUAAGACGAAGCUGACACCAGGUCCCAAAGCUUUGAGUGUCUAAUCUCAGGUGACCAGAGUUGGUCCAUAGGUCAUUGCCAGAAGACUGGAGCAAAGAGCCAGGCGCCACCUCCUCCUCAGCGUCACCUCCAU